AUGUCUGCCGAAGAGAAGUGGAAAGGCUGGGCUUCGAAACAGGAUAGCGAGGCUGAGCAGGCAGGGGAAAAGGAACCAUGUGUGCUUCUGGGCCAGCGGCUGGGUGAACUGGGAAGAUUUGCUUACGCGGCGCUUUGUGGGAUAUCCCUCGCGUGGCUGUUCCCUGAAAAAGAGCAAAGCUCCUUCAGGACCGAGUUCAUUGAGGGCUUUGUGAAAUGGCUGGACCUGCCUGAAGCUGUCUUAUCUGCCAUGACAGCAUUUGCUAGUGGCUUAGGAGGGGAGGGCACAGAAACUUUUGCCCAGAUUUUGCUGGAGGAUCCCAUCUUGAAAGAAAAUCCAGCUGUCAUUACCCAAGACCUUCUAUCCUUCUCUCUUAGAGAUGGGUACUACGACGCUCGGGCGAGGGUGUUGAUCUGUCACAUCACCUGGCUGCUGAGAAUCCCCUUGGAGGAGCUGGAAGUCCUGGAGGAGUCUCUGCUUGAGAGCCUGAAGGAACAAAAAGAGGAAGAGUCAGAAACUGCAGAAGUAUCAAGAAAAAAGAAGGAAAGAAGAAAAAAGCUGAAGAGAUACCUGCUGAUCAGUUUGGCAACCGUUGGGGGCGGAACAGUAAUCGGCUUGACAGGGGGUCUUGCUGCCCCUCUGGUUGCUGCAGGAGCUGCUACUAUCAUUGGAAGUGCUGGAGCAGCUGCUCUAGGUUCAACUGCUGGAAUUGCUGUCAUGGCAUCCCUUUUUGGGGCAGCCGGAGCUGGCCUUACUGGAUACAAGAUGAAGAAGCGUGUGGGAGCCAUAGAAGAGUUUGAAUUCCUCCCACUAACUGAAGGAAGGCAGCUUCACAUCACCAUAGCAAUUACUGGAUGGCUGUGCACUGGCAAAUACGGGAGCUUCACAGCACCAUGGAGAAACAUGUUGCGAUCGAGUGAGCAGUAUUGUCUGGCCUGGGAAUCCAAAUAUUUGAUGGAGCUUGGCAAUGCCUUAGAUUUUUUUUUUGUGAACAUGAUGGCUCAAGAAGCCCUAAAAUUCACUGUUUUGUCAGGUAUCGUGACGGCCUUGACUUGGCCAGCUUCGCUCUUAACUGUUGCCAGCGUCAUUGACAACCCCUGGGGAGUGUGUCUCCAUCGGUCUGCUGAAGUAGGCAAACACCUAGCCCAUAUCCUGCUCAGUCGACGGCAGGGCAAGCGACCUGUCACACUGAUUGGCUUCAGUCUGGGUGCAAGAGUGAUUUACUUCUGCCUGCAGGAGAUGGCUCAAGAAAAAGAUUCUCAAGGGAUCAUUGAAGAUGUGAUCUUACUGGGGGCUCCAGUGGAAGGAGAAGCCAAGCACUGGAAAGCUAUCACCAAAGUGGUGUCGGGCAGGAUCAUCAAUGGUUAUUGCAGGGGGGACUGGCUGCUGGGGUUUGUGUACAGAACCUCUUCUGUCCAGAUCAAUGUUGCCGGCCUCCAACCGGUCGACUUGGAUGACAGGAGGAUGGUAAACAUGGACCUUUCCUCUGUGGUGAACGGCCACCGGGACUACAUGAAGCAAAUGGACACGAUCCUCAAAGCCGUGGGUGUCAAAACCAAGGAGUGUUGGCCGGAAGAGAAGGGCAGCGACGGUCUUUUCUCCCCGCCAUCCGAGAAAUCGCAGCAGGCAGCAGGCAGUGAGGCUCGGGAAGAGGAAAACACAGUGCGAGAAGAGGAUGCGGCUGGUGGUGAGGCUCUCCCAGCCGUCCACGCUCACCGCCGACAAUCCCAAAGCCAUUCCUUGGGAGAAACCUCGCUGCCCUGCCCCGACUCCUCAAACAGCGGGGACAGCAGGGGACACCCAGCGGGUGAAGCAGCAAAUUAG